AUGGCUGACUUGUCUGAUUUUACCUCUGUCUUUUCUUCCAACCUUAAUAAGAAUCGCGUCGCGAAACGAAACCGCCGCCCUCUGUCCUGCUUGAGUUGUCGUGAUAGAAAACUCAAGUGUGAUCGCCAACAACCAUGCGGUACUUGUGUCAAACGAGCCGAUUCUUCCACUUGCCUUUACAGCUCAGCCCCUAUUAAUAAGGACCCGAGACCUCGCACUCUCAACAAUGAAGCUGCUGCUAUCCGUUUACAGAAACUCGAAGACAUGGUGAACGGAUUGAUGCAUGCUGCUCCUGUGAGCACUUUCGUCACUACCCCGCCCAGUUCCACCACCUCUCCACGCAUCGAUGCUCCCGCAUAUUCUGAACUGUGUGCUGGUGGCCAUCUGAACCAACAAGGGAAUCAAAUCAAUUACAUUGGUGGAACUCAUUGGGCUUCCAUUCUAGAAAGCAUCCAUGAGAUUCGCUCUGUCAUGGAUUCCGAGCUGCAUGAUGUUUCAUCUUCUGGGCCAGUACAACCGACGCAGUCAACACAACAAGCAGACCCCCUGUUCGGCCAAGAAGCACUUCUGACCAUGGAACAAGUCCUUGCUGCACUGCCAGAACGGCACAGAGUCGAUAGUCUUGUCUCUUCGUAUUUCAAAGAGAAUCUCUUGUCUUUGACUUUCAUACACAGUGGAAAAUUUCAAAGAGAAUACGAAGCUUUCUGGAAAGAUCCUGCUUCAACAAGCUUCUGUUGGUUGAGUAUACUUUUCUCUAUCAUGUUCAUGGCAGGGAAACUUGCCAGAGCCAGGGGCGACCCUACGCCGCUUAUUGAACCUUGUAACACCAGAAUGGCUGGUUCCUUGCGAAUGGCUGCAAAAUGUCUCGUCACUGGUCAAUACCUCAAAGCUCAGCCAUACGCCGUUGAAGCUCUGUUGUUUCAUUUCCAUUGCGCUUAUGCUCUUCAUGCGGAUCCUGAAAUUCAACCAUGGCCAAUUCUCACCAUGGCAACAAGACUUGCUCAGAAGAUGGGGUAUCACCGUGAUCCUAAAUAUCUUUCAUCAAAGCUCUCUCCGUUCGAGAGUGAGAUGCGUCGCCGAGCAUGGUACUACAUCGAAAUUUUUGAUAUCACCAUGUCAGCUAACCAGGGCAUCCCUGCCAUGAUCAACGAGGACGAGUGCGAUUGUCAAUUUCCUAUCAAUCUGUUGGACGAAGACUUCGAUGAGAACACUACUGUUCUACCACCUCCUCGACCUGAUACAACCCACAUUCCAAUGCUUUUCUUCACCUCCAAGGCAAAGACCCUCCGUCUUUUGCGCCCUAUCAUUCGACAUGCAUUAUCCAGUCGAAGGUACAACGUGGAAGAGACCCAAAGUCUUCAUGAGUGCCUUGAAAGAAGCCAUCAAGACAUCCCGCCGUCUUUGCGUAUUCGCCCUAUCGCAGAAACUAGUUUUGUUGAUCAGGACUAUUUGAUUAUGCAACGGUUUAUGCUUGAGCUACAGUAUCUCAAGGGACUGUGCAUCCUUCAUAGACCUUUCUUGAGUUGCAAAAAAGACGACCCCGCCUUUCAAAGAUCAAGAGAGAUCUGUGUGAGUUCAGCACUGAAACAAAUCGACCUCCAGAACGACUACUUUGAAGCUCUGCAACCACAAGGACGACUUUAUCAAAGCAGAUGGAUGUUCACUAAUAUCACGCUCCACGAACAAUUCGCAGCAGCCAUGAUCAUUUGUCUGGAUCUGAAUGAAUCGAUAACUCAGAGCGCCGAAGUGCGGGAACGCAAAUUCGCGGCACUUCGAAAGGCUCAGCACUUCUGGUCCACCAAGAAGCCUACUUAUCGAGACGCUGUCCGUGCAAGCCAUGUUUUGGGUGUCAUGUUGGCAAAAUUGAGUCGUGACCCCUCCUUGGUUGAUGGAGUCGGUGGCUCGUAUGGUCCCACCAUGGCAGAUAAUGUUCUUGUUCCUCAACAAGAGGUUACACCACCUGAAGACGCUUCUUCUGAUAUGAUAGAUAUCACAUCUUUGGAGAACUUAUUUGACAAUCCUGACAUGUUGAACUGGAACGACAUCGACAGCUACUUGGUCGAUUACAGUGGCAUUGAGAUGCCAGGCACUGUAGCAUAA